AUGGAUUCAGCUAUGCUUCUGGAGACUGUGAUUGUAAAGCUAAAUAAGUUGCUUGUUCCAACGGAACAAAAAUCAGUAUCAAAUAUUAUGUCUUCGAUUCUGUCAAAUGAAUUGUGUAAAAACAUUUCUUGGAUAGGUGUGAAAGAUACUGUCCCUUUUGGUACAUCUAACAUGGUUGGGUUGAUAGUUGAUCUUAUUCAAGAACAUCAUCAAAUUCAUAUAGAUGCUGUAAGGAAUCGAAUUGCCGAAUGGCUUCGAAGAUGCGGUGAUAGAAUAAAUAACGAAUUAAGGAGGAGACAGAAAAGAGUAGAACAAGGCUAUAGUCAAUAA